CUUCUCUUUUCUUCUCGCGCGAUCAAUUUGGUCACCGUCGCUUCAUCCGUCGUUUCCCAUUCGCCCAAGAGGGAUCGUCAUCUCUCCUCUCUCCCGAAUCGUUCGUUAAUCGUGGAUGGUAUGGAUUGACGGGUGAUGAAUCGCAUCGUCACGAACCCAAUCACCGUGCGGAUCACCAUUUCGUGACUCCUCGUUGCGACCGAACGUUGUGGCACCUCUUGACGGGGCGGACGUCGACGACCCCUCCAAGGCUGAAUCAGAAACGAGUGGAGGCGUAGCGUAUGCGGUGGAGAAUCCCAAGCUCGAUAAGAGCGGUCCUGCUUCUUCGAUUUCCACCAGGAAUCCCACGUCCUGCCUCCUUCCGCGUUAGAUUGGAGUAGGGUUUCAAGAACUCAAGGGUUACGAUCGCCAUUGCGUAGCUGAAUUGAUCUGUCAAAGUCUUUUCUUUAAUCGGUUCUCUAGAGCUAUCGCGAUUUCUCGAUCUGUCGCUCACUACCAGCGCACCUCAAGGUCAAAAAAUAGAACUUGACAAUGAGGCUGUUGAAGGUGGCAUCAUGUAACCUAAACCAAUGGGCCAUGGAUUUUGACAACAAUCUGCAGAAUAUCAAAGAUUCAAUCUCGAGGGCUAAAGAAGCGGGUGCUAGAAUUAGGAUAGGUCCAGAGCUUGAAGUUACUGGUUAUGGCUGUGAAGAUCAUUUUCUGGAGCAAGACACUGUUUCUCAUGCAUGGGAAUGCUUGAAGGAUAUUCUUUUAGGCGAUUGGACUGAGGAUAUACUGUGUAGUAUAGGUAUGCCUAUAAUUCAUGCAGGUGUAAGAUAUAACUGCCAGGUUUUCUGCUUGAAUAGAAGGAUACUUAUGAUCCGCCCAAAGAUGGCCCUUGCAAAUGAUGGAAAUUACAGGGAAUUUCGAUGGUUCUCAGCUUGGACUUUUAAAGACAAGCUCAUUGAAUUCCAACUCCCGACAGAUGUCUCUGAGUCCAUAUCACAGCAUUCAGCACCCUUUGGCUAUGGUUACAUCCAGCUUUUAGAUGCAUCUGUGGCUGCUGAAACAUGUGAAGAGCUCUUUACUGCUAAUGCUCCUCGAAUUGCACUAGCAUUAAAGGGCGUUGAGAUUUUUACGAAUGCCAGUGGAAGUCAUCAUCAGCUGAGAAAGCUUAAUCUUCGAAUGGAUGCAAUAAAAAAUGCAACCCGUUUUUGUGGAGGCGUUUACAUGUACAGUAAUCACCAAGGAUGCGAUGGCGGCCGCCUUUACUAUGAUGGAUGUUCUUGCAUUGCUGUGAACGGAGACAUUGUUGCUCAGGGGUCUCAAUUUUCCUUGAAAGAUGUUGAAGUUUCAACUGCCAUUGUAGAUCUGGAUGCAGUAUCUAGUUAUCGGGGAUCUACAAGUAGUUUUAGAGAGCAAGCAAGUCACCAAGAAGAUGUUCCCUCAGUUAGAGCACCAUACAAACUUUGUCAAGCAUUUAAUCUAGGAAUGGUUCCAAGUAGUCCGGUGGAGAUUAGGUAUCAUUGUCCGGAGGAAGAGAUUGCUUUAGGUCCUAGUUGUUGGUUAUGGGACUAUCUACGAAGAAGUGGAGCAUCUGGCUUUUUGCUUCCUCUUUCAGGUGGUGCUGAUAGUUCUGCUGUUGCAGCCAUUGUUGGUUGCAUGUGCCAACUUGUCAUAAAAGAUAUUGAAGAUGGAGAUGACCAGGUAAAAGCUGAUGCCCUAAGAAUUGGCCAGUAUAAGAAUGGUGAGUUUCCAACAGACAGCAGGGAGUUUGCCAAGCGAAUAUUCUACACUGUCUAUAUGGGAACUGAAAACAGUUCUGAAGCAACUAGAUCUCGUGCUAAGAGGUUGGCAGAUGAAAUUGGUUCAUGGCACCUAAAUGUAGAUAUUGAUAGUGUUGUUUCUGCACUGCUUUCUUUGUUUCAAACUCUUACAGGAAAGCGUCUGCGUUACAAGGUUGAUGGAGGAUCCAAUACAGAGAAUCUAGCACUGCAAAAUAUUCAAGCUCGAGUUAGAAUGGUGCUCGCAUUUAUGCUAGCAUCUCUUAUGCCAUGGGUUCAUAGCAAAUCUGGCUUUUUUCUUGUGUUAGGCAGCUCAAAUGUGGAUGAAGGUUUACGUGGUUACUUGACAAAGUAUGACUGCAGUUCAGCAGAUAUAAAUCCGAUUGGGAGUGUAAGCAAGCAAGAUCUCCGGUCUUUUCUACGUUGGGCUGCAAUUCAUCUUCACUAUCCUUCAUUGGCAGAGGUUGAAGCGGCACCUCCAACCGCAGAACUCGAGCCUAUCCGUUCUGACUAUAACCAGUUGGAUGAAGUGGACAUGGGCAUGACUUAUGAGGAAUUAUCGAUUUAUGGGAGGCUGAGGAAAAUUUUCCGAUGUGGACCUGUGUCUAUGUUUCAGAAUCUGUGUCAUAAGUGGUGUGGUAAAUUAACUCCAUCAGAGGUAGCAGAGAAAGUAAAACACUUCUUCAAGUACUACUCCAUCAAUCGGCAUAAGAUGACAGUGUUGACUCCCUCAUAUCAUGCUGAGAGCUACUCACCUGAAGAUAACAGAUUUGACCUUCGUCAAUUCCUGUACAACUCAAGAUGGCCUUAUCAGUUUCGAAAGAUCGACGAGCUCAUCAAUAAAGCAGCUGAUCAAAGAGCAGCUAAUCUUCCAGAGCAAAGACCAGAAGAUUCAGAUAUCAAGUCGGGCUGCGGAAGUGGCACAGGAGUCGUGGCAGUGGGAUCCAGCAAUACGAAUGCUGGCCUUUAGGAUAAGAACAUGAUAGAAUUUAGAUGCAGCAGAGCAACAGAAGCUGCGGACAGGCUUACCGACACCACAUCAGAAGUUAUUAAUGUUUGGUCUGACAAAUAAAAAGUCAACCAGUCUCAUUAUUAUUCUCAGGUGCAUGCCUGAGAAUAAUAAUCAAAGAAUAAUUUCUGUAAUUAGCACAAUUAAAUCCCUUUUUUUCCCUGAUUUUACAGAAUUGAAGAUGUGAAUGCAACAUUUUCUCUUUCAAUAAAAGUAUUUGUUUUGACUUUUUCCCAA